CGGUCGCCUCCGUCCGAAGGGGCCCGAGCACUGCCGAGCGGCCGAGCGGGCCUCGGACGCGGCCCCGAGACGCGGCGGGAAGCGAAGAUGGCCGAAGCGGCGCGAACGUAGCGGCUCGGGCUUCCGGGAUCGCGGCGGCGCCGGCGGGCGGGGCCGGCAAGAUGGCGGCGGCGCGGGGGGGACCCACCACCGUGCUCUCGUCCCUGCCGCUGCAGCUGCUGCUAUGCCUCAGCGCGGCCUUCUGCUCCGGCCACGUCCUCGCCUCGCUCCUGCUGCUGGCCUACAAGACCCAGGCCUUCAGCUACCCCCUGGGCCUCGCCGCCCGCGACGUGGCGCUGCUGCUCCUGCUCGGGGCCCUGGAGGCCCUGCGACUGGGCCUGGGUGCCCAGGGCAAUCUGACGGAGUCCGAGGGGCCGUUGGCCGCCAGCCUGGCCCUCACCCUGGGCUGUGCUGUGCUGGCAGCCUACUUCCUCCUCUGGCAGACUCUGGUGCUCUGGCUGGACUCCUGGCUCAGCUUGGCGCUCCUGGUGCUGCACGGCCUGGAGGCCUGCCUGCAGGCGGUGACCAUCGCGGCCUUCCUACGCUAGGGAGGAAGCAGGAGUAAGGAGCUGCCCUGGGCCAGGAGGCCCCGGAGGGUCCUCAGUAGCCGCCCUGAUUCCCUGACCUCCAAGGACCGGUCACCCACCGCAUGGACGCGCCCGGGAGCAGCUGUGCUGCGCCUCCAAAUCCUGCUCCCC